AUGAGUAUACGACAAGCUACUCAAUAUACGCCCCGAAGUAUAGGCUUUUGUCAUCGUUCCACAAGCAUAUCCUUCAAUAGAUCAAUUUACUUGCAUAAAGGACCAAGAGUUGAAGGAUUGAAAAGAGACCCUAAAGAAGUGUUUUUGAAUCACAAUGGUAUAGAAUACGAACUCAACCAGAAUAAUAUUCAGCACAUUAAAUCAUAUCUUGGAGAUAAAUUUCCAAUACCCGACGAAAUAGCGUUACAAAUAAUCACUCAUAAAUCAUUUGGCAAUGGUAUCAAACCAUACAAUGAAAAACUCGCAGCAAUGGGAUCAAAGCUAUUAUCCUUGUUUGCUGCUAAACAUGUUGUCAACAAAUCAACUGCGACAGACGCAAAGCUUGCAAUUAACGGCAAAAACUUGUCAAUAUUGGGAUCACCAAAUGCAAAAGAGCUUCCCGGAAGAAUAUCAACUGGCUACUUUGCCAAACUUAACGGAUUGAAUGAUGUAAUGUUUUGGAAAUCUAGGAAUCCAACAUUGAGUUUUGAAUCUAGUGGUGAGUUGAAAGUUAGUUCACAAUUACUAUAUAGUUUGAUUGGGGCUGUCAACAUCUAUCACGGCAAAGCUAAAGCAGAAGAAUUUAUCAGUGAUAACAUCAUCAAGGGGUUAGAGCAGGUUACUGAUGAUCUUGUACAUAGAAAAUAA